UUGGCAGCAACGUCUCUGUUCAUACGUGAAUUUCUCCGCAGCUUCUUCUGUGUAACUUUAAAAGUGUUGUAGCUUAAUGUUUUUAUAAAACUGAGAGGAGUUUUCGGUGGUGGAAUGGAAGGUAAAGUUAUUGGUCCUGGGCCGUACCGGGCCACGAAGCUGUGGAAUGAAACAAUCAAACUUUUUCGUGGCGGUAUGCCACUGCGGAGGCACUGGGCACACUUCCGCUGCUAUGACAGCAGUUUCACUGGGUCGGAGGCUGUGGAUUAUCUGCACGAGCUGCUGAGACAUAACUACAACUUUGGGCCUGAGGUGACCCGUUAUCAGACCCUUCAGCUGCUCAAGAAGUUCUUGAAGGCUCACGUGAUUGAAGACAUCAAAGGACGACAUGGGACAGAGGACUUUGAAGACAAUAGCCAUCUGUACCGGUUCCCCACACUUUCUCCUCUCAAGUCUCUUCCAAUAAGACCUUUGUUGAGAGACAGCAGUGACCUGCCCAGACUCAUCCGCUGGGAUGACUACGAAGAACUGCCUCAGCAGGAAAAUAUAGCACCCCUGAAGUCUGCAGUGAUGACUUCAGAUCUGUGGAAUAAACGACACAGCGUUGCAAUUGGAGAUGUGCAUGAGUGCAAGCUCAUACGCAGAAAAGAAAUCACUUCAAAACAAGUGGACCACAUCUGGAAAUCAAUGACCAUUGCACAUUUACAGAGAGUUUUGGGCUUAAAGACACUGGAUGGGAUUUUGGACCCAGUGUAUGUGAAUGGGAAGCACAUUGUCCACAACAUUUUCAGUGUUAAUAAAGCAGGCAUAGUUGUGUUGGAGAACAAAGCUGAGGACAUGCCUUAUUGGGUGGUGUCAGCAAUGAAAUGUCUUGCAAACUGGCCUAAUGCCAAUGACAUAAAACAGCCCCUGUACCCAGGUUUUGAAAGAGAUAUUCUGAGAACAGUAGCAGAUUAUUACCAGAGACUCAAAGAGCCCUUGCUGACGUUCCGUCUUUAUGAGGUCUUUGUCAACAUUCUCAGCCUGUUGCAGGAGCAGGAUGUAGCCACUGAGGCUCUUCAAGUCAGCUGCCUCCUGCUGCCGCCGCCCAACCGAAGACGGCUCCAGCUUUUGCUGCGACUCAUGGCCCGCGUCUGCCAGAAUCCCCAGCUGCCUCCACUUAAUGACACUAUUGCAACUCGCACACUGAUGGUACAGAUGUUUUCUCCCUGUGUUCUGGGUUCUGCUGAUGACAUGGACUUGGACGAGUUAUUUGCUACCAAACUGGUGACAUUCAUGAUGGAGCACCACAACGUCAUCUUUCAAGUGAACAACAAACUGCGCUGCCAGGUUGAGGAGCAUCUGUCACACCUUAAAAGAGCUCAGAUCAAAUAUGCUGGUUCAGAUACAGACUUCAGUGCAUCCCCGGCUUUUUGUAAACAGAUCCGGAGAGUCGAUUGUGAGGAGCAGAAGAUAAUUGGUACACAAACCCCCCUGCAGCAACUGCUGGAAGGCCUGAUAGCAGACAAAGAACUCCCUGUUAAGGACAAGAGGAAAAGAUUGAAACAGUUUCAGAAGUCCUACCCAGAGGUCUACCACAACAGAUUUCCUACUGAGGAAAGCAAAGCUGCUGUCAUUCCAGAGAAAACUGCACGACUCAAACCUCAUCUCAUGUUCUUCAGCCUCAAGAAACCUCUCCAACCUUUUCAGAGAAGCUGGAGUUUUAGAGCAUGAAAUGCCACCACUGACAUUUUCUGCCUCAAGUAUCUCAGCACAUCUCAACUUUAUUUAGUCAUGAGAACUGGACAAGUGCAGUUGUAACUAGCUCGAUGCAGAUAAAGAUUUUAAGAGUAAAUGGCAAUAUUUUAAAACUAUUAAGUUUAAUUUGGAGUAAUAAAGCCCUUGGGUACGAUGCAGGUCAGCACAUAAACGUACAGCUGAUUAAAAGCCCUCUGAAAAAGUAGUUCCAAAAGUUAUCGAUAUUUCAUAGCAAAGCACUUAAAGGGAUCUGGGGGAAAAGAAGGCUUUAUUUUUCAAACUGGCAGUUACAUUGUUCCUCUACAAGUAAGCACAUAUUAAGGUCAGUAUUCUUCAAACGUUUUUGGCAUCUGCCAGUGUUUUAAUUUUUUUCCCCAAGAAAACAAUGGUAGAUUUUCAAUUGGCAUAGUGACCUAGUCCUUCACAAUUCAAUUCAAAUUCAAAAAUAUUUUAUUGAUCCCAGAGAGAAAUUAGGUAACACUUGUUCUGCCAUCUGUGGUGCCCACAGAUAUGCCUGUCUGUUAUUCAGCUCAAGCGUGGCUAAUGUUGAUUAUUAAACAAAUAUGGAAAGGUCAAAAUCAGCCAAAUUAAUCAGCUGACUCAUUUCUGCCAAACUUUACAAAUACUGUUGGUGGGUAAAAUGGCAUUUAAGAAAAAUUCACAUUUUGUCUUUAUAACUUAGUCUUAAUAACAAGAAGCCAGUAACACUAACUGGAUACUAAUGACCUUAAA